AUGGUCCAACAUCCUGCCUCUUCCCCCUAUGUCUGUCAUAGGUACACAGAGCUUCGGCGGCUCUAUGAGCCCCUUUCCUUACUACACGCACUGCGAGAGCAAAUCCCAGAGCAUAGGCCGAUUGAGGUAAUUAAAGCUGGUGGGGUGGGGGAAAUCUUAAAUCGCCGCGAUUUCCUUAACGCGCUCGUUGAACUUGCAGCGUUAAAACAGGGGUGUGACUUGGCUAUCACAGCGGGAUACGACCACGAUGGUGUGGUCAUCGCCGUCGCAGGAAAUCAGGACGUUAGUAACCUGGUUGUGCCGUUUCUGGAAAGGUUGCUGGGCAUGGUCACCAAUGCUCUCCCUGCGGGCUUAAAUACUACAACGGGGCAUAAAGAGUUUUCGAACAUCUCAGAUUAUGUGAUGGAAUGGCAAAAUGAUCAUAGCUUCGCAGUGUAUCACACUAUAUUCGGCCAUAUUGCGCCCAUUUGCAUACCGGUAAUGGCUGCUAGGGCCAAUGACCCGAAAGGCAUGACAAUGGUUUCCCUAUGGUUUGGAAUCUGCAGCUAA